AUUCAAACAGUUGAGUUUUGAGUUCAGUUGGAAUUGAGUUUUGUGUUUAGUUAGUCAGGGUUGGGGUCAAUUCCAUUUCAAUUCCAGUUUAUUCAGAAAGUAAACCAAAUUCCAAAUGUUCCUCAUUAAAAAGCAUUGAGGAGAAUUGGAAUUAGAAUGUCAGUGUACUUCCUGAAUUGACUGGAAUUUUAAAUGGAAUUGAACCCAACCUUGGAUCUAGUUGAGUUUUUGGUUUCGUGUUGGUCAUCUUCAGACAUCAGUCUUCACACAGGUCUGAUAUCUCCUCUUAACAGGUCUGAUAUCUCCUCUUUAGCCUGGAGUCUAAUUUGAAUGAACACUCUUUUUUAUUUGAAGAGGUUAUAUAAAGGCUGUCUGUCUGGUGUUGUCACUGUUGCCAUGUAAUUCAUGUCUGAUCUUUUUGGUUAUAGAGGCUACAGUUGUCUGAAAUGGCACCAUUACCCAUAGUGCACUAAUUUGACUAAAGUAGUGUAAUACACAGGGUUUUCAGAUGCAUUCUAUAUGGACUUUCCCUGUGUGGUGUGAACACCGUGGCCAUGGUAACUGUUUUGACCUCUGACCCUGUUGACCCCGUACAGCCAGCGGUGCUGGACAAUCUUCUGACCUCUAUGAAGUUUGUCCUCCACGGGAUGGGCGUUCUCCGGAUCAACCUGACGCACAGCAAGAACAAGGUGCACGCCCACUCUGUGUUGUCCUGUGGGAGGUGUUUUGAUGAGGAUCAGGUGCUGUUUCCUUUCAUUGGCCACGCCAUUUCCUGUCUGUGGGCUGACCAGGGGGUCCGAGAGGCCGCAACCCGGGGUUACGAGUUUGAACUCAACGACUCUGCCCUGUAUUUCUUUGAGAACAGGGGUCGUAUCAUCUCUCCGGACUACGUUCCCACGGAAACGGAUGUCCUGAGGGUCAGACUGAGGACCACCGGGGUCAUAGAGACACAGUUCAAAGUCAAACACCUACUCUUCAGGAUGUAUGAUGUGGGGGGUCAGAGGACAGAGAGGAGGAAGUGGAUUGGUUGUUUCGAGGACGUCCGGGCCGUGGUAUUUGUUGUUUCUCUCAGUGGAUACGACAUGACUCUAGUAGAGGACCCAUGUAUGAACCGCCUACAGGAGAGUCUGAAACUCUUCUCUUCCAUCUGCAACAACAUCUUCUUCAAGAGUACCUCAAUGGUAAGAGACAGUCUAUAUACUGUAGGACCUCAAUGGUAAGAGACAGUCUAUAUACUGUGGGACCUCAAUGGUAAGAGACAGUCUAUAUACUGUGGGACCUCAAUGGUAAGAGACAGUCUAUAUACUGUAGGACCUCAAUGGUAAGAGACAGUCUAUAUACUGUGGGACCUCAAUGGUAAGAGACAGUCUAUAUACUGUGGGACCUCAAUGGUAAGAGACAGUCUAUAUACUGUGGGACCUCAAUGGUAAGAGACAGUCUAUAUACUGUGGGACCUCAAUGGUAAGAGACAGUCUAUAUACUGUGGGACCUCAAUGGUAAGAGACAGUCUAUAUACCGUGGGACCUCAAUGGUAAGAGACAGUCUAUAUACCGUGGGACCUCAGUGGUAAGAGACAGUCUAUAUACCGUGGGACCUCAGUGGUAACAGUCAGUCUAUAUACCGUGGGACCUCAGUGGUAACAGUCAGUCUAUAUACCGUGGGACCUCAGUGGUAACAGUCAGUCUAUAUACCGUGGGACCUCAGUGGUAACAGUCAGUCUAUAUACCGUGGGACCUCAGUGGUAACAGUCAGUCUAUAUACCGUGGGACCUCAGUGGUAACAGUCAGUCUAUAUACCGUGGGACCUCAGUGGUAAGAGACAGUCUAUAUACCGUGGGACCUCAGUGGUAAGAGACAGUCUAUAUACCGUGGGACCUCAGUGGUAAGAGACAGUCUAUAUACCGUGGGACCUCAGUGGUAAGAGACAGUCUAUAUACCGUGGGACCUCAGUGGUAAGAGACAGUCUAUAUACCGUGGGACCUCAGUGGUAAGAGACAGUCUAUAUACCGUGGGACCUCAGUGGUAAGAGACAGUCUCUGUACCGGGGUACCUCAGUGGUAACAGACAGUCUCUGUAACGGGGUACCUCAGUGGUAAGGCCCUGGUCUAAAGCCCAAUUCAAAUGAAAAGCUAUUUUUUUACGCUUGUAAACAACCGUGUACACGCUGGAAUUAGAAUGCACAGGAGUGAAUGAGACAGAACAGAUGGACCGUCAACGAUGUCAAA